CCACAUUUGUGCCCGUCAGCCUCAUCCGGGCUCGGCUGAGGGGCGGCCGGGGCAGCAGCUCCUCCCUCAGCCCACAGGGAUACAGCCAGCACACCCCGGUUCCGCGGCGCUCCCCGGGGUGUGAGGGGGCCGGCCGGGCCCCGGUCCCUCCCUCCCCCGGGCCGGGAAACGAAAGCGAAAGGCGGCCCCGGGAGGGCUCCGGAGGUGUCUGAGGAGCCGCCGGCAGCUGCGGCAGCCCCGGCCGAGCCCCCAGCCCGUCCCGGCCGAGCCCCCUGCCCGUCCCGGCCGUGUCCGCCGGGAGCCGAGCGGAAACUGUACAGAAGUCUGUGAAUUUUGGCUGUUCGAUUCAAACCAGAAAAGCAUUCCGAGACCCAAAGCCUCAGUUUCAAGGCUCCGAGUGACGGCGGUGUCGGCUCAGAAUCAAGGUUGCCAUGGAUUUUACAAGCCCCCCGUUAUCUCUACAUGACAAUGGUUUUAGUAUGGUACCCCCUGCUCCACAUGGGACUCCCCUGGAAGAGAUGGAAAAACUUAAGGAGGAGCUGAGGAAGUGGAAGACAAGAGUUGAAGAGGCUGAAGAGAUAAAAUCUGACCUUUUUCUCUCCAAAUUAAGAGCUGAUGCAGAGUGUGAUAAAGCAGAGAAGAAGCUGGCAGAGCUGAAGGAGCAGGAGAAGCAGCGUAAGGACAGAAUUGCCAGCUGUGAGCAGGAGCUCUUGCUGCUGAAGCAAGAAAACACUGAGCUGAAAAAGGAGAUUGAAAAGCUCAAAGAAGACCUGGAAGAACACAGUUCCCGGGAUAAUCCGUUGGAGAUUAAAAAGAAGGUGGCAGAAAUGAAAUUGAAGUUCACUCACCUGGAGGAGAUGAAGGAUGAUGGGGCAGAUGUGGAUAUGGACACCCACUGUGUCUUUGGGGUAGCCACAAAAACCCCCUUCAGACUCAACCAGAACCAGGCACUGCUGACUUUUGAAGAUGAAGAAGUUGCCCAGAAGCUGACAAAGAUGAGCAAGCACUGUGUGAACCUGGACAGCAGAACAGCAAAUGUGACAGUGAAGCCUUUGGAACUUGACAUGGGAUUCCAGUUUGAGCUCCAUGUCACUGUCUCUGGAAAGAAGAUCAACGUUUCAGACAUACCUGAGCUUCCCAUUCCUGAAGACUGGAUGAGAGACAAACUUGAGCUGCAUUUCUACAAAACUCAGCAGGCAGGAGGAGGAGGAGAAAUAGAAAAUGUGACCUACAACAAGGGGUCUGGGACAGCUGUCAUCACAUUCCUCAAACCCGGAGCAAGCUACAACUUUGUGGGAUGUACUGAAUACCCUUUCUGUGCAGAGGAAAGGCAGUUCAUCCUUUCUGUCUCCCCACAUUUUGAUUUCCACUUGAGGAGGUUCCAGCCACACUGCAGGGUUUCCAAGAAAACCAUUCUGCUGAGAGGAAUCCCAGAGGUGGAGGAGGAUGAAGAAAGUGUGCAGGACAUGAUUGAAAUUCACUUCCAAAAGCCAAGCAAUAGCGGGGGGGAGAUAGAGAAAAUCAAAUACAACUCCAGAGGAGCAGCCUAUGUUUGCUUUGAGGAGGAUACUGGGAAUGCCACCUCAGAAAUCCCAGGGGACUCAUGAAGUGCUGAGGUUUUGUUCCUGUAGGUACUGUGCUUUAAUGCUCUGAAAUUGAUACUGCAGCAAAGGAGUCCUGCCUUCCUGCUUUGUCUCAUGGCACUGGCUUUGCAUAGGAAGUCAGCAAAACUCCCUGCAGAUUAAAGGCACAGACCAAGCCUUGAGCAGCCCCUGAAACAGCUCAGGUUCUCUGCAAAUUUGCAUAUUUUAUACCUUGCAGAUUUUAAAGAUACUCCAGAGUGGGAUGAGUGGAUUAUUUCUGACAUUCUGGAUACAAAAGCCAUAUUUAAGCCCAACCCAAGCCUCCUCCUAGUCCUGCUUUGUGAAGUGCCAGAGCUUCAGAAGGUGGCUCUGACACAACUGCAGUCCUGCUGAGGUUGCUGAGUGCUGAACUCAAACACCUGAAAGCAUCCUGUAAUUUCACCGUAUCAAAUUAGUGAUAGAAUGAAAACAGAAAAUGGGGGCUGCAAAAACGAGAAAUUGCAUUUAAGAAGGGGCCUGGCAUUUGCUUCCUUUAGCUGUUCAUAGCCUGCUUUAUUGUUUGAUUUUAAUAUUUGUUUCUGCAAUUAAAAUUUUCAUAAUUUUUGCUCA